AUGCUUCGGGCACUAGGUGCAAUCACCGACAGGACCGCACCCAUAUCUCAAAUAACCGAAUGUUACACGCGGACUAUGGACUCGCAUGAGGGGGGAAAGAUCAUUGAAUCCUUGCACCGGCUGCUUAUUCCCCACAAACGUGCUCAUAAAAGGUCUUGGGGUGGCUUGGACAGGCGGGGAAAUGUCCGAAGUAUUGGUAACUAUAUGUGA